AUGGAAGGGCAGCCAGGUCCUCCAGCCUGCGAGCCCUCCUUUUCCCAGAGACUCUCCCCCCUUUCCGAAGGAGAUGGGCCUGAAGGCGAAGAAGAGCAGGAGGAGGCUCAGGAGGAGGAUGCAGCCAGGGCGCAGCCAGGACAAGAGCCGGGGGAAAGCUCCCCAGAGCAGCUGGGGCAAGCUUCUCUGCGCCGCUUGGGACGGUGCUGGCGUGGGCAGGGCUCUCUCGCCUCUCCAGGUGCAGGCAGGCCCUGCCAGAAGACUGGUGAGGACGAGGGGGCUUCCCCGUGCCACGAGGCACUGGGGGAGCUGCGGCCGUGCCGGCGGAAGCACCGGUUGUGCCUGAAACCUGAGGCAAGCCAGGCCUCUGCAUCCCCGGGACGGGGGGAGAAUGCCGAAGAGCCGGGACCCUCUCGGGGGAAGAGGCUGCGGUUGAUCUGGGGCCGGACAGGUGACUUCAGACAGAGGGAGAUGGAGAACGGGCUGGAGGAGGCACUGCGGAGCAGCGAGGAGGAGGAGGAGAGGCAGUCUCGGUCCUGCUCCCCUGAGCUGCCCCUUUCUGAUGAUGCCCAUCCUAAGCCGGACUUUGUACAGCUGAUCGACGAGCGCGGCAUCUACUCCACCGCCAAGCUGGUGCUGGGGAGCGCGGUGGGUGAGCUGGAGGAGGUGGCGGCAGGGCUGCCGGCCCACCCGAAGCGGGGAGCGAGCGGCGUCGGCGAGCUGGAGAUCCGUGAGGUGAUUGUGGACGAGAAGCCCUUCCAGUGCGGCGUCUGCGAGAAGGCCUUCAAACGGGCUUGGGAGCUGUUCAGCCACGAGGUGGUACACAACGAGGAGCGUCCCUUUCGCUGCGACCUCUGCCAGGCCUCCUUCAAGCGCCACUCGGACUUCAAAAGCCACCGGCUGGUCCACACAGAGGAGCGCCCCUUCCGCUGCGAGCUCUGCGGCAAGCGCUUCAAGCGCUCCUCCAACCUCCAAGAGCACCGGCGCAUUCACAGCGGCGAGCGUCCCUUCCGCUGCCCCCGCUGCGCCAAGAGCUUCAAGACCCCCUACGAGCUGCAGCGCCAUGCGCUCACCCACUGCGCCGAGAAGCCCUUCAAGUGCGCCGACUGCGGGAAGGACUUCCCCACCUCCAACGCCCUCCUCCUCCAUCAGCGCCAGCACUGCGACGACAAACCCCACGUCUGCGGGGUCUGCGGGAAGAAGUUCACCUACGGGCACAGCCUCAAGGUGCACGAGCGGGUGCACACGGGCGACCGCCCCUUCAUCUGCCCGCUCUGCGGCAAGGGCUUCAAGCAAUCCAACGCCCUCUCCUCCCACGAGCGGGUGCACACCGGUGAGCGCCCCUUCAUCUGCAAAACCUGCGGGAAGGCCUUCAAGCAGUCGUCCUACCUGGUGAUCCAUGAGCGGGCGCACACGGGGGAACGCCCUUACAAGUGUGAGGUGUGCGGGAAGGCCUUCGCCCGACCCUCCUUGCUCCUCCAGCACCACCGCGUGCACAGCCAGGAGCGGCCCUACAAGUGCAGCUUCUGCCACAAGUUCUUCAAGGACCUGGCCUACCUGGCCGUGCACGAGAAGGUGCACACGGGUGAGACCCCGUACAAGUGCAGCGUCUGUGACAAGGGUUUCGCUCACCCCUCCAACCUGCUGCAGCACCAGCGCGUGCACCGCGACGGCUGA